UUUCAGCGCCACUUUGAGACGUUUUAGCCGAACGACACCACGAGCGACACAACAACAACAACACAUCUCGUGGCAUAACGACGUCAAAUACUUAAUAUUUAAUAGAAUACUUGGUGUAAAUCGUGUCCAGACCUGCGUGUGACUUGUCCGCGUGAUGGCGACAUGACUUCCGGGUUCCUCGCCGCGAUAAACACACUCACCAAACCCCUCGACGAGGCGCGUGUGCGGGAUGCUCAGUCGUCCCACGGGGAGGCGCUGCUGGCAGUGCUGCAGGCCAACAGAGCCCUUCUCCUCCAGCAGCUUCAGACCGAGAGCAGCUUCGCGGAGGUGAGGAAGAGGAGGGAGGAGACGAUGGCCGCGGCUGAGGGGUCAGAGUGGUUUUCCAGUGAUGCAGAAGAUGCCACGUGGGUCUUCGUCCAGGAGUGUCUCUUGCUGCUCCUCACCUUGGCACGACACCUUUCUGUUGAGCUGGAACUCUUCAAUCAGCGCUGCACUCCGUCUGCGGCGAAAACAAAAACCCCCGAGAUGGCUCCGCCGUUACCGCCGGACGUUCUCAGCGUUGCCCAGCAGAAGACGCUCGGAGCCGCUCUUCAGUUUGUGGUUUCUCUGGGGCUUUGCCCCUACCUGGCCCCCGGAGUGGGCGUGCCGCUGGGUCGCCGCUCGGCUUUCGGAGCCACAGUGGAAAAACUUGUCCGUGGUGGUGGAGCGGCGACAGCAGCAGCGGGACGCCGCCUUCUUACCACCACGAACGUUCUACUGCGGUUGGCUGAGGUGUCGUCUCUCGCCGCGCUGGUGUUCACGCAGCAUCUGGGGGAUGUGAUGGCGGCGCUGUGCCAGCUCGGCUACCAGCCACACAGAAGGGGGACAGAGGAGGAGGAGGAGAAGUCGCAGGAGCUCAGUGCUGAGGAACGACGAAUGUGCAGGGAGGCUCUCAAAAGCCUCCUUGGGAAAGUUUACCAGCCAAUCGUUGUCCAGGAGCUGCUGAUCCUCCAAGGUGGACCCAGACAGUCUGUUGCAGCAGGAAGCUCCAGCGGUUCCAGCAGCAGCAGCAGGGCAGCAGCUCUGGGAUCAGCUCCGGCCUGGCUGCGGCGUCUGUGUGGGCAGCUGCUGUCCGAGCGGCUGAUGCAGCCUCACGGUGUCCAGGCUGUGGUCAGAGGCAUCCUGCAGGGAGGAACCGGGGGCGAGUCAGACUGGAGGAAGUGCGACGGCGUGGCCCGGAUCCUCACGGCCUGCCCUCAACAGUCGGCCUCAGCAGACAGCUACUACAGACAAGUUUGUCCUCAGAUCCUCGACCUCCUGCACUUCAGAGACAAGCUGACGGCGCAACAGUUCCAGCGUGUGGCCACCAGAGCAGCUCUCUCCAUGGUGCAGGAGAAGCCCGGCUUCGCUCACCAGUACCUGCUCACGCCCCUGCUCGCUCCUCUGCACCGCUGCACUGCCGCUGCUGCUUCCGACGCGAGUCAUGACCAGGCGGCUGUGGAGGAGCAGGAGCUGACGCGUUGUGUGGAGGACGUGUACAAGAUCUGGGUGGUCGGAAACAGCCCGUCAGCGUCUCUGCUCAAAGCUCUGGAAGAAGCUCUUCCCGUGAUCUUCACACUCUUCUGUUUCACCAAGCAGAACGUCUCACACCUACGCGCCCCCUGCCAGGACAUUUUGUUAUGGUACCUGAGCCACACCGAGGCGUCGGCGGCUCUGUCGGCGCUCCGGCGGCUGUCGGGUCUGCAGGGACAGAAGAACCAGGCCGCGGCCGACUUUCAUUUCUGCCCGGGCAGCGACGGAGGAGCCAGGUUCGACCGCAGAGAGAACUUGAGCGACGAGGACGACGCCCUGUACGAGAGGCUGUCGGGGGAGCAGUGGAGGCUGGAGUGUCUCACCCAUCUGCUGGCAGAACUCAAAGACUCUGACCUGCCUGGAGAUUUCUUCCUGGAGCUGCUGCAGGAGCUGACCGGCUGGGCGGCUGCCGCAGACGAGGCGGAGGACGACGGAGAGGAGGCGCUGGACGUGUCGGCCAUGACGCUCCUGGAGGUGGAGCAGCAGGUGCUGGGUCGAGCUGCGAGCCAAGGCCAGAGACUCGCUCUGCUUCAGGCGCUGGCCGUGAUGGUGGAGACGCUGCAGCACACGGUGCUGCUGAGGAAAACCACACAGGUGGUGGAUUUCAUCGUGUCCCUGGUUCAGAGGGCCUGCGUGGGUCUGGAUCAGGACCCUGACCCGGGUCUGGAGAACCCAGUGGAGAGCCAGACUCUGAGCAUGGCGAUGGGCCUGGUCGCCACUCUGCUGUCUGGACCUCAGCUUAGCUCAGACGACUACUCUUCGAUGUCGCGGCUGCUCCCGCCGCUGGAGACUCUGUCUCAGAAACACUCGGAUGUCGUCGUCCAGGACCUGGCGUCCAACUUAAGAGCCGUCAUCGCCACUCGCGGUGCCUUCUGUCCCGAAAACCUCCCGAAGGCCUCCAGACGCCCCGAAGCAACAAAAACCACAGCAAAGAACCACAGAGUUCCCUCUGGGAAUAAGACAAAAGUGCAAACUGAAGGAAAAGACUCGCGGACGAGUCCACGUCCGUCUCCACAUGAUUGUAAACCACCGACCAGACGCCCGCCGUCCUCUGGAGGAGGUGUCCAAUACUCCUCGGCCAAGCCCUUUUCUGAUUGGCUGCUGGAGGCGUGUGACCCGGACGUGCCGACCCGAGCGUUUGCCCUGAGGGUCCUGACCCAGAUGGUGCAGAAUGGAAGCCCUGAGGUCGUCCAGGCCCGGGAGAAGGUGCUCAUGCUCUUCUUAGAAAACCUGGAGCACGACGAGCCGUUCAUCUACCUGUCAGCCAUUCAAGGUCUGGCUGCGUUGGCUGAUUCCUGCCCGGAGAGGAUCCUGGAAAGGCUCCUGAAGGACUUUCAACACGGCCCCUCGCUGCCCACGUCCGACAAGGAGCGCUCCCUGGAAACCCGCCUGAAAAUCGGAGAGGUCCUGAUGAGGGCGAGCAGAGCGAUGGGGGAACUGGCGCCGCACCUCGGCCGUCCCCUCGUGGGCGUCUUCCUGCAGGGAACCAGGGACUCGGACCGGAGCGUCCGGGCCAGCAGCCUGUCCAACCUCGGCGAGCUCUGUCAGAGACUGGACUUUGCUCUGGGCCCGUUGGCUCAGGAGCUGAGCUCCUGUCUCACUGCCCUGAUAAGGACAGAGAGGGAGGCUGAGGUGAGGAGAGCUGCUGUCCACGUUAUCGCCCUGCUGCUUCGAGGCCUCAGCAACAAAACCACCCAGGUUCUCGGUGACGUGUUGUCGGACCUGUACCGAGCUCUGAAGUCGGUUCUGCGCUCCGACCCGGACGACGUCGCCGUGCUUCACGCCCGGCUCGCCCUGGAGGAGCUGGACGACGUGAUGAGGAGCUUCAUCUUCCCCAAACAGAAGCUGGAGAAGAAGAUCGUCGUGUUGCCCUAGGGCUGAAGUGAACACUCCCCCUCCUGCAGUCUGAACCCUAAUAACGCUGCGUUCACACACUUUCUGCCGAGCCCUCUUCUUCCUCUACACCCGAUCAAAAUAUCAACCCGGUCGGGCUGCGGACACACAGCGACAGUAGUGAUCCUCUGUUCAUGAUGCAAUAUCCCUCCGUCGGACGACAGUGACAGAGGGGCUCAUUGGCGGACACGUCGCGCUAAUAUGUCGCUCAAGUUCAAAUAUUUCAACUCGAGCGACUGAAGCGCCACGAAAUUUGCGUCUAGUCGCGUCUUCGCAUUGACUUUGUACGUAAUCUACUCGCGUGAAUAAUUCGGUGAACGCACCAUCACGGGUGUUUUGUUUUCAUGUGCUCUGCUCGCAGGCGGCUGCAUGUGUGAUGUGGAGUCCGUUUCCUCAAAGAUUGUUACAGUGACCGUUCACCCCGAUGUUCCACUGAACCACCAGAAGUCAACUUCUACAUUAAAACUUUACAAACACA